AUGAGUGGCAUCCGUUUAUUGGACCUUGCUAAACCUUUUGUCUCGCUUCUUCCUGAAGUCGAGUAUCCUUAUCAGAAAAUCGAGUUUGAUGAGAAAAUCGUUUACACCAUCGCCUCGGUCGCUGUAUACUUGCUUGCUGGUCUUCCACUGAGCAACGUGGCCCACGACCGCAUUGCCGACCCAUUUGGCUGGCUGCGGGUUCCCUUUGCUUCUCAGGCGGGAACAGCACUGGAGUUUGGGCUAUUGCCCGUCGUCACGGCCGGUUUCCUGUGGCAGAUUCUUGCGGGAUUCAAAAUCAUCAAAAUCAACUUCGAGUCCAGAUCUGAUAGAGAGCUGUUCCAGUCUUGGCAGAAAUUGACCGCGGUGUUGAUCGCCCUGGUCUACGCUGUGUUGCUCUCGUUUGCUGGCUACUUCGACCCUGUCGACCAAUUCACCUCGCAAGCAACGUUGCCUAUUUGGAGCAAGCUGACCUACAUUGUCCAGUUGACGUUCAUGGCGCUCAUCACCGCUCUUUUGGUGGAACUUCUGGACAAGGGGUACGGCUUUGGCCCGGGCAUUCUGGCAAUUAUUACUGUCUCGUCCUCCACCCAGUUCGUCACCUCAUUCCUUGGAUUCACCACCACUCUCACCGCCAGAGGCUUUGAGUCCCAUGGUGCCUUGAUUCAAUUGAUCAGAAACCUCAAAAACAAGCCUUUUGGGCUAGCCAUCUACGAUGCGUUCACUAGAGACAAUCUGGCCAACCUGACCCAGAUUUACGUCACUCUAGCGGCCCUGGCUGCCGGUGUGUACUUUGGCAACUUCAGAGUUGAGGUGCCUAUCAAGUCCGCUAAAGUCAGAUCGAUGGCCUCGGUGUACCCAAUCAAGCUGCUCUACUGCGGAGCAUUGCCUCUGCUGUUCACCUACGCCGUGCUUUACAACCUUAACAUUAUUGGGUUCGCCCUUACCAGAAUCUUCAGCACCGUGCCGUACGUGCAAUAUAUCGGCAGCUGGAAAUUGGACGAGUUCAACUUCUCCACCUACAAUUUGACUUCGGGCCUCCUCUACUUUGUCUCUGCCUCUCCUAAGGGCGCUUCGCCAUUGCACUAUCUUGUUAGACCGGUCACGUUUUCUCUAUUUGUCAUUGUUGUGUCUACGGUUUUCUCUAAAUUGUGGAGCAACAUUUCAGGCUCCUCCGGCAAAGACAUUGCCAAACAGUUUAAGGAGCAGGAUAUCACUCUCAUUGGCCAUAGAGACACGGCAGUUGGAAAAGAGCUCGGAAAAAUUAUUCCGGUGGCUUCCACCACGGGUGCUUUGAUUGUGUCGGUGGUUGUGUGCGCUGUCGAGGCCCUUGGAUUCUCUGCUGGCCUUGCUGUUGGAGCACUGAUUGGCUUGUUGUGCGCUCUGACGCUCUUGGAAAGCGUUAUGACCGAGUACCAGCAGUCCGGGGGAAUGGCCUCACAGUUUGGACAGAUGUUCCAGCAACGUUAA